AUGCAGGGCGAUAGCUUUGAGAAUUCUCUCUAUAAUCUCAUUGAGAAGCGGGUUAUGGGUGGCCUUGUUCAGGCAUGUGGUGGAGCCCCAGAUCAACAAGAGAGCACUGAGGUUUCUGUCAAGUCUUUCGUUUCGUUCUUAGUCGACCUGAAAGGUCUGACACCCGACUCAGGUUCUAUUUCAAAGCAAGCGUCAGCGCAUUUCAAGCUGCGAAAUACUGCCGGUAUCUACCAAAAGACGCCCAAGCGCAUCCAGAAAGACCUCGGUCAGAGCUUGGGGUCCAUCUGCUCCACCUCCACCGACGACAAGCUAAGAGCUGCUGCUUCAUUCAGCAUUGCUGUUGCUCACGUCAAUGGUGUUGGAGUUCGUUUCGACAUUAAUACGGCUCAUGACUUCCUACUCCGUGCCGCGAAAUGGGGCCACGAGCAAGCACAGACAACGCUCAUCAACAUUUUCGACCAUCAAGGACCCCCAGGACCCCCAGAUGCUACGGUACCUUUGGGCCUGUGGGUCGAUUGGCUCAAAAGAACCGCUGAAUUAGGCAGUGACACGGCGCUUGAAAAGCUGAAAGCGGCAUCAGCUUCGUCUUGGAGAUCAGCUCAGGAAGUAAGCCAGACGAGGCGUUUGGAAUCCGAGGGCUUUGGUCUCCUUCAGUCACAGCAGGCAGUCGUUGACGGGCAAUGUGAGGGACAGCUUUCCACAUCGCAGUCACUGGUAUUGGCCAUAAUCCACGAAAGGGGGGGCAUGGUGGAAGAACUCAUCCGCAACAAUCCCCAGUUGCUAAACUAG